ACCGGAUGUUGACAAAUUUCAUGUCACUGUUCUUAGAAGGUCGUUUGUUUGUGUGAAGAUUUCUUAUCUGGGAUCUCUCUCUUUAAAAAUGUUUCUCUCUCUAAGAAAAAAAGGUCCAUUCUUUCUUCUCCUAAUUGUGUGAGUGUUCUUUGAGAGAGAAAGAGAGAGAAGGAAGAGUGGCUGGCCCAGCAGAUCGAAAUCUCUUCCUUUUCUUCAACCUGAUGACGAUCUAAGCUCCUUCAAUGGUGUUGCAACAACACCCUCUUUGUUAUUUUCUCUUAUAAUUGUUAUUGGUUUGAGUUCUAGUUACCCUUUUGGGCUUCAAAUAGUGGGAGACUAAAAAGGCUCUGAAUUUUUCUCUCUCUCUAUCUCUCUCUCUCUCUCUCUGAUUGUGUUGGUGCCUUGAAUGGUGGAAUCUCCAUGGGAUUCUUGAAAGAAGGUGUUUAGAGGAUGUGGGUCUGAGGAAUGGGAACCAAAGUUCAGAAUCUUCCAGGAUAUUACUCAAUGAGAGAUCUUAAUGAGGAAUCCAGCAGUUGUGGCUGGCCCCUAUUCUAUGGGGAUAAAUCGCUCUCAAAUGGGCAGUACUAUAAUAGUUAUUUGCCAAGUUCUGCAACAGAUGCAUGUUCUGGAUAUGAUAGGGAUGCUGUGAAGCGGAUGAUGCUCGAGCAUGAGGCCAUAUUUAAAAAUCAGGUAUAUGAACUUCACCGUUUGUACAGAAUACAAAGGGAUUUGAUGAGUGAGGUUAAAAAGAAAGAACUAGACAGAAACCAGAUACCGAUUGAGGCAUCGUGUUCCACAGGUCAAAUGGCAUCUCAAUUAACAAAUGAUGUCGGACAAAAAUGGCAUAUUCCUUUGGGAAAUUCUAGUUGUGCUAAAACAUCUGUGUCAGGAGUUGAGGGCAUUCAUUCUCCUUUGGAUUCGAUGAAAGGGAUUGGCAAACAAACAAGUCCGUUUCCAUCCCCAAAUGGAUGUAGUUCAAAAGAUGUUGAGGUGCUUGAGUCCAGACCCUCGAAGGUGAGGAGAAAAAUGUUUGACCUUCACCUCCCUGCUGAUGAGUACAUUGAUACCGAGGAAAGCGAAAAGCUCAGUGAUGAAAAGACGAGUGAUCCAUCUUUCUUUCUUCCUGAUCGAAACUGUAAAAAUGGGAAGGAGGGUGAUGGGGAACAUUUUUGUGGCAAUGGUGAGAAGACCGGCAAUCAAGACACUUCAAGAUCUGAGCAAUCUUUAAAGAGAAGAAAUGGUUUGGCUGACUUAAACGAACCUCUUCAAGUGGAAGAAACGUACAAUUCUCCAUAUGUUCACGUUCUGGACUGUAAUCCCUGUCAAGGGGAAGCUGAAUGUUCUGAUCUCUCUGCCGCUCCCAAACCAAAGUCAGAGUUUUUUGGUUUAUCUAGGGAACAAUUGCUCAACUCAAGUCAUGGAACUGACAGUUGGGCUCAAAAUAAUGGUUAUUUGGAGAACAAUAGGGGUGGAAAAGGGUGGUAUCAAUCAGUACCUGGGGCAGGGAAAGCUAAUAACAGCACACAAUCUGGUCCACACGUCCUCAGACUGGAGAAAUCACCUUUAUCUUCCCAAACAAUACAAGAUGCAUUUAGCAAAUUUCAUGAACCUGCAUCUGAUUAUAUUAAUGGUCGAAACAAGGCCGACAUCUGGAGGGAAAAGACAGUUAGUGAUUUGCAUAUCAGUGAAAGAAAUCAUGAAUUCUCCAUCAACAAGCAUCCUGAGUCUGUGAUACCAUUACUUAGACCUGGUCUUUUUGGAGCUGCUCCUUCCUCUGAUUUAUCCAAGUCUUGGUCUCAUUCAGCUUCUUCUUGGGAAAUGGCCAAUAGCAGCCUAAGCCAGAGGUUGAUGUCAAUUCAGACACCUCCAUGUCAUGCAUCUGGUGCUUUGACUAGAAUUUCCCAGUCACAAAGCAAUGGGAUUUUGGAAGAAUGCUGGCCUCUAAAUAUGAAUUCCAAGCCUAACACAGGUUCUCGUUGUGAUGCGCCUCUACAGAAUGGAUUUUUCCCUGGGUCUUCAUCUGGCUCCAAGGAACCAUCAAUGAACAUCUCUUCUAUUAGCUACGACUAUCUCAAUCAUAAAAAUGACUUUAAGAUAAUCCCCGAUCACUUUAUCAACAAUGUUCCAUCCAAAUCCUGUAAGGGUUCAGAUUCAAAUUGUAAUAACAUGAAGUCUGGAAAAGAUAUUGACUUGAAUGUUCUGCUUCCGAAUGGUUCAUCCAACAACUUUGUUCCCCAGUCAAGCAUUGUUGGGAUGAUGGAUGGAGAACAGAAGAAUGAGGAGUGUCAUGUUGCGUUACCCUGGCUUAGAGGAAAGACAACAUGUAAGAAUGGAGUACAAAACUCUGCAGGAGAGUCAGGUUUAUUCCAUGCUGCCUCAUUGUCCAAAAAAGAUGACAUUGAGGUGAGGAUGACAGAGGUGUAUGAAAGCUCUAGGGAUAAGAAAAUUCUUGGUGUUCCCAUAUUUGAGAUGCCUCGUAUUUCUGCCAAGGAGUUGUCCUCAAUCACUUCACAGUCUGUAUCAAAUCAUAAUCCAUCUGAAGUAAAAGCAGUGGAAAAUAAGAAAAAACAGAUAUUUGAUAUCAACUUGCCUUGUGAUGCUGCUGCUGUUGAGUUGGACAAAGAAGCAUUCACUGAAACUGCUGCUAGCAAGACAAGAUCUCCUACAAAAGCAGACUCUAGAAAUCAAAUUGACCUGAACUUGAGUAUGAGUGAGGAUGAAGGAUCUUUCACAACCAUACCAAGUGACAAUGUAAAAAUAAAGGCAGAUAUAGAUUUGGAAGCCCCUGUUGUUCUUGAGACAGAGGAGGAUGUUCUUUCCGCAGAAAAGCCACUUGAAACUUCUCUACAGUCAUCGCAAGUCCUAAAACAUUCAGUUGAACAGUCAAAGGAUAAUGAACUUAUUACAAAUGCAGCAGAGGCAAUUGUUGUCCUGUCAACUCUUUCCUUUGAUGAAGUGGAUGGUGUGACCAGUGAAAGUUUAUCAGAAGGUCCAAAGGUGGACAUGCUAAAUUGGUUUGCGGACAUAGUUUCCUCAUGCAAAGAUAAUAUAGAGGGAAAUUGUGAUGUUUCAAGGGAAAAAGAUGCUGAGGACAACGAGCAGCGUUCGUCUGGAGGAUUGGAUUACUUUGAGGCAAUGACAUUGAACUUGCCAUACACCAAGGAAGAAGACUACAUGCCCAAGCCUCUUGUUCCUGAAAACUUCAAAGUGGAAGAAACAACUACUUUGUUACCAACUCGGACACGAAAGGGGCCAGCAAGGAGAGGGCGGCAGCGAAGGGACUUCCAAAGGGACAUUCUUCCAGGCCUUGCAUCUUUAUCAAGGCAUGAAGUAACAGAAGAUCUUCAGACAUUUGGUGGGAUCAUGAGGGGAACAGGUUAUUCAUGGAAUUCCGGAUUAACUAGGAGAAGCUCAUCAAGGAAUGGUGGUGGCCGGGGGAGGCGACGGACACAGGUUGCCCCCUCUCCCCCUACACCGGUGGCAACAAAUGAGACUAGCACCCCACUGAUUCAGCAGCUUAAUAACAUUGAAAUUGGAUUGGAGGAUAGAAACUUAACAGGUUGGGGCAAGACAACAAGGAGGCCCCGCCGACAGAGGUGCCCGGCCGGUAACCCUCCAUUGAUCCAGUUAACCUAAUCACUACUAAGAGGCUUAACUUUUAGAUGACAGUUUAUAGAGGUAAGCAGUGCCGGUUUUUAUAUUAAUGGAACACAUGAUGUUUCUCAGGCAUGAGGAUUUCUCUUGUAAAUUUCUUCAACCCGUAUUUGGGUAUAUGCUUGAUUCUCAGUCUUUGGGGUGGUAACAACUUGUAUUAUUCUUAAAUAAUGUUGCAUGAUUUCUUCUCAUUUUUUCUUUAUAGAACUGUUGAGAUAUAUACAGUGUUCCUUCACUUCACUGCUCUCUCACAUCCUAGGAUUUUUAUCAAUGAUUUUAUGAUUACAGUCUCACUCUGCAUGAGUUGAUCCUUCAUUUUAA